AUGGACGAGCAAACCUUCCAGGCAUACUUCAACCUCGUCAACUCCGGCAACAUCGUCGCCGCGGCCGAGAAAUACUACAAGCCGGAAAUCUACCUGCUGGACGACGGCCACCACUACGACCACGCACGGAUUCUGCAGCUGAUCCCGCUGAUCCAGUCGCAGAUGAAGCUGACCUACCACCUGGUCGGCUACUACUCCAAGACCGAGGGCAAUGCGCUGGCGGCCGAGGUCGACGUCGAGCUGGUUGCCCUGGUCGAUGUCGAUCGCAAGCCCUUUGCCGACGCCGGCUUCCCCGAGGCCUUUGUGCCGCUGAAGAAGGGCGAGCGCGUGCUCUCCCACCACUUUUACAAGUAUACCUUUGAGGGGAAGAAGUUUACUUCGUCUAUUGGCUAUACUAAGAAUGAGAAGGCGUCGUCAUUGUAUAGAUAG